AUGGCCCGGCCCGUGCAGCUGGCGCCCAGCUCGCUGGCGCUGGUACUAAGCCGGCUGGAGGCGCCGGGAGCGGUCGGGGGCGCGGAGGAGCCCGGCGGGCGCGCCGUGUUCCGCGCCUUCCGCCGCGCCAACGCGCGCUGCUUCUGGAACUCGCGGCUGGCGCGCGCCGCCUCGCGGCUGGCCUUCCAGGGCUGGCUGCGGCGCGGGGUGCUGCUGGUGCACGCACCUCCCGCCAGCCUGCAGGUGCUGCGCGACGCCUGGUGUCGCCGGGCGCUGCGCCCACCCCGCGGCUUCCGCAUCAGGGCGGUGGGUGAUGUCUUUCCAGUGCAAAUGAAUCCGAUAACCCAAUCUCAGUUUAUACCUUUGGGUGAAGUUCUUUGCUGUGCUAUAUCUGAUAUGAAUGCCACUCAGAUUGUAGUAACACAGGAAUCACUGUUGGAGCAUUUGAUGAAACAUUACCCAGGCAUUGCAGUUCCAUCUCAAGAUAUUCUCUAUACCACUCUGGGAACUCUGAUUAAAGAAAGGAAGAUUUAUCACACUGGAGAAGGAUACUUCAUAGUUACUCCUCAGACUUACUUCAUCACAAAUACAACCCUCCAAGAAAAUAAGAGAGCCCAAUCGGAUGAAAAUCAUGCGAUGCCAACUUGCAUCACGUAUCUGGUGAGCAUGGAGAGCUGUGCAGAGUUAGCCAAAGAAAAUGCCUCCCCCAUUUCCCAUUGUCAGUCUUGUCGGUGUUUCCCUGAUAUAUGCACUCAGGAUCUAAAGGAACCACCAGCGGUUGCAGAAAUGACUAGAAAAGGCCAAAAGGGUCUUGGGGAAUCCAAAUCUUUGGUACAGAAUCAAGCAGUUUCAGUGUCUGAGGAGAAUCACAUCUCUGAGAGCACCAAACCUUUACCGUACACAAAAGACAGAGACAAAGGCAAGAAGUUUGGCUUUAGCUUGUUCUGGCGCAGUCUAUCCAGAAAGGAGAAGUCCAGAACGGAGCACCACAGUUUCUCUGCCCAGUUCCCACCAGAAGAAUGGCCUGUCCGAGAUGAAGAUAACUUGGACAACAUCCCUCGGGACAUUGAACAUGAGAUAAUCAAACGAAUUAAUCCCGGUCUGACUGUUGACAACUUAAUCAAACAUACCAUCCUAAUGCAAAAAUACGAAGAACAGAAAAAAUAUAAUAGUCAGGGCACUUCCACUGAUAGGCUGACAGUCAGGCAUAAAUAUCCUUCCAAAGAGGGAGUUAAGAAAAGGCAGGGCCGGUCUGCAAAGUCUCGAAGGCGGGGCCAUUCUCAUAGGGAUAGACACAGAACCAGGAGUCAGGGAAGUGAGCCUCUGCCAGGAAGCACUAGACUGGAGAAGCACCCCAAGCCCCCCACUACACAGCCCAUUCCCAGAAUUAAAAUCCCAAAUAAAGCAGUAGUUCAGAAACAACUUGGUGGGAACCCAUCUGAGCUAGGUUCCAAUUUGAUAUACAAAAAACGAAUCAAUAAUCCUUUCCAGGGUUUGUCUCACCGUGGGAGCCCAGUAACCAAAGGGCACAAUAUCCAGAGGACCAGUGACCUGAAACCCAGUCAGAUUGGACCAAAAGGAAAGCCUUUCCAAAGGUCAAGGUCUUCGGAUUCCUCACGAAUCUUUGAGAGAAAAGCCAAACAGCCAUGCGCUGAACAAUGUAAUGAUAAACUGAGGGCUGAGUCCAUUUAUAUGACUAACUCUUCUAUCAAACCUGUCAGUGAUGACGUUAGAGAUCGCCUCUUCAAUUACUCCCAGGGUAGUGUUUUGCAAAAUGAUAGCAAAUACUGUUCCUUUAGGGAAGGCAUGUUGACAGAUGAUGUGUAUGAUGGAAAAAAUGAGGCAAUCCCUGAAGUCUUGAAGAAAAGUUAUUCUCCCUUUGACACACUAGGGGAGGCAAAAGAAACACAGUAUGUCCUGCCAUCACCGGUUUCCUCCUCUUUUGACCAAGCAUCCUCUGCUUGUAGAUUAGUUGAUAAAACAAUACACCAGUUCCAAAAUCUUGACCUUUUGGAUUAUCCAGUUGGUGCGAACCAUUUGAGACAACCUGAGAGACAAGACAGAGACUCAGAGGAAAAACGAAUGAGAAAGACAUUUGUCCAGGAGACAGAGACUGUAAGUCUAGAAAACGAAGUGCUUUCUGAUGAUGACCAAACCUUGUAUCAAAAUCAAGUGGAAGAUGACGAUGGUGCCUGCAGCUCAUUAUAUCUAGAUGAGGAUGACUUUUCUGAGAAUGAUGAUUUAUGUCAAAUGCUGCCUGGCCACAUUCAGUAUUCCUUUACCGAGGGAAGCAAGUGGAAUCAUUUAGGAAAACAAAAGGCGACUGAAAGAUCUCCGACUGAGUACAACAGUAAAGCACAUAGGUUUGAGCCUCCGGUACUUAAGGGGAGUGAAGGUUAUAAACCCUCUGGGUUGCUCACUAAACCAGGGGAAAGCCAAAGCCCUAAUCUCUCUGCGGAAAGCUGUGGCCUCAAUUUAGGGACCCGGUCUGGUUUUAACUGUGAAGAGGAAUCCAGUAUUGCUAAAUGUGUACAGGCCUCAGCAUCUACUGAUGGAAAUAUAUUUGAUUACUACAGCACAAGGAAAGCCAUUUCUGAGACUGAAACCCUGUACGACUCUGUUGGUGACACAGGAAAGAAACCAGCUAGCUGGAGUCAGAGUGCUCAGAAUCAGGAAAUGAGAAAACAGUUCACUCACAAGUUAGAACUUUUCAACACUUCACAUAUGCCAGUGUUGGCUCAGGAGAUCCAGCAUGAACACAGUCAUUUGGAAGGAACAGAAAAUAGCAUGGCAGGAGAUAGUGGAAUAGAUUCUCCACGGACACAGAGCCUGGCAUCCAAUAAUUCAGUCAUUCUGGAUGGACUUAAAAGAAGACAGAAUUUUCUGCAGAACUUUGAAGGCACAAAGAGCAGUCAAACACUCACAUCCAAUUCCUUACUGCAACUAACUCCAGUCAUAAAUGUUUAAUUCUUAUUUUUGUUUUGGAAACUUUUUAAUGUACAGCAUCAUAUAGAAUGUUUUAAUCAACUGAGUAUAUAAGAAUUCUCUAAAGCCAAACAUAUAUGCUAUUAAUCUCAUUACAAAUUUUAUUCUAGUUACUGGCUUUUUUCCUUUUUUUACAUUUUAAAGCUUUUUUCAAGCUUAUUUUACUAUGAAUUUAUUGGGAAUAUAUAGGUUGUUUGCAAUAAAAAAAUGGAAUCCAUGGUCCUUUUUCAAUUAAAUGUAAUUAACACUCAAAUUUUCCAGAUAUUCAUUAGCUUCUCAAUUACAUAGGAUGCUAAUUUACUACCCAACAGUGAAUUUCUCUACUCACACUAAUACUGAGUUUUUAUGUUAAGUGGAUCUCACCAAAUUUCAAUGCAAAAAUCCAGAAAAUAGCAUUUUAGGGUUGCAUAGACACUUUGUUUGCAGCUAAAGUCUUUUAUCAUUAUCAGAAAGAAUUUAUAUAGAUAUAUUGGGUACUUUGCAACAAGAAUUCCUUCCAUCCAAUCAUUUUUGCCAAGGAUCUCUGCAACCGGCUUGAACAUGAACUUAUGGCUCCACGUUGUGACUGACUGGCAAUGUCCAAAUACAUGUGGUAGUAGGCACCUGACUCCACUAUUUCUCUGGCUCUUCCCCAUGUUUGAGGCUCUAUCUGUAGCAUGACGUUGAGAAGUUGGGAUAGUCUCAGAUGGCACGGACAUAGAAGGGAAGCAGAGUGGUUGGAAAUGGCUUAUGUGUAAAGGGGAGAUUGUGAAUUAGACAUUUAGAGAAGGGAAACCAUUGGAUCCAUUUCCACUCUUGAUAAUACCUAUAUGUAGCUUUGCCAGAAUUUUUUCUGGCAGGCCUUUCCAGACCAAGCAGUGGAAUGGUCUGUUCUUUUGGGUUUGGGGAACAUGGAACAGUCAAGACAGGUUUCAGGUAAAUGCUAAUGCUGACUUAUGGUUGAGAGGAUGUUUCUUCUAAGGUGUUUAAGGAUUGUCAAGGCCUUAGAUCUCAAGGAUGAUCAAAUAAUUGGAGAGUACCUCUUCCCAGCUCUCACCAUUCUGAUGACAGUGAAGGCCAGGUGAAGCUCAGCAGUGUGGAGAGCUGCCUCCAGCCCCUGUGGGAGUGCAGAGGAUGGGAGAUCAGACAGGCUGCUGCUCUGUCAGCAGUGGUUGGACCACUCAGUCCUGACUAUUGGUUUUCAGUGGCUCUGACCAACCUGUCAUCCCAAGAAGACUAGUUAUGGUCACAAGGACAUUUAAAACUCUGGGCAAAGUACCAAGAAAGGUAAUCUGGGUAGAAAAACCUUGUGGGGGAGGCAUUGUUUUAGGGGUUCUUAUAGCUUCGAAUUAGCACCAGUGAAUGGAAGUUAAGAGAUUUCAGCUUAGUAUGAAGAACAUCUUAUUCAUCAAAACUAUCUGUAGAUGAAACAGGCAGCUUUGUCAAUUUCCCAUUAUUUAGGGCAUUCAAGCAAAGGCUUGGUGAUCCCUUGACUGCUAUGUUGCAGAGGUAUUUCCAGUACAUAAUUUAAAAGGAUGGCUGAACUAGAUGGUUUCCAAGAUUCCUUCCGAUGGUAAGGUUUUGUGCUUAUGAGAUUCAGUGAGGGUCCUGUGACAUACUGGACUCAUGCAAGGUUCCUGAGUAUUACUUCCAGUUCUCCAUUUCUGCAUCUGUCCCUGCCAAUCCUUGGAAAAAAGGAGCACCAACAACUCUUGUUCUAUCUUUGGACCUGGAUAAGUUUCUUAGUAGAAUGAGUAAAUCCAAAGUCUUUUGUGGCUCUAGCCACAUCUAGGAACUAAUGAAAGCCAUCUAACUGCCAAUGGAUGCAUUGUGAUACUCUCUAAAUGUGUUAAAUGGCGCCUAUUUUGAAACCA